AUGUCGUUCAAGAAGGAUGAGGAAGCCGCCUUUCGGCACGAUAAGACGGCCAUCAUCCAAGAGGCGCGUGUGUUCAAUGAGUCGAACAUCAGCCCUCGUCGAUGCCGUAUUUUGCUAACCAAGAUCUUGUAUUUGUUGUAUACCGGCGAAAAGUUUUCGCAGCAAGAGGCCACCGACUUGUUCUUUGGUGCGACGAAGCUCUUUCAAAACAAAGAUCCUGGUCUGCGUCAGAUGGUCUACUUGGCUAUCAAGGAAUUGGCGCCGUAUGCGCAGGAUGUGAUUAUGGUCACUGCGUCUAUCAUGAAGGAUAUGCAGCCCAACACUGAGGUCGUGUACCGCCCCAAUGCCAUCCGAGCCUUGAUGCGCGUGAUCGAUCCCAGCAUGGUCCAGGGCCUGGAACGCUACCUAAAGUCGGCCAUUGUGGACCGCAAUCCCAGCGUGGCCUGUGCUGCGCUGGUGUCUUCGUACCACUUGUUUAUGGGCGCUCGCGAUGUUGUGAAACGCUGGAGCAACGAGGUCCAAGAAGCCAUCAAUAUGCGUCCUUCAGUGUCGUCAGGCUCUAGCACCUUUGGCGGCCUGCGCCCUGGCCUUACGCUCCGCUUUGGCGGCGAUAGCAGCUCGAAUCAAGUGGAACCGGCGAGCGUGCCCAGCAUGAGCUACUUGAUGCAGUACCAUGCGUUGGGUCUGCUCUACCUGUCACGCCAGAGUGACCGUAUUGCCGUGACGAAAAUGGUGCAGCAGCUUGGCAACCCGCGCCAGGGUGUUGUGCUCCGCAAUCCGUUUGCCCUGUGUAUGCUGGUUCGAUACACAGCGAAGAUUGCUGAAGAAGAUCCCAAUAUGCGUGUGCCUCUUCUUGACCUUCUUGAAGGCUGGCUGCGCCACAAGAGCGAUAUGGUCAACUACGAAGCUGCGCGUGCGCUGUGCACGAUGCAUGGCAUUGGUGUCGAGCAUCAGACGAAGGCCAUUUCGGUCCUGCAAAUGUUCCUUUCCUCACCGCGGUCUGUGCUGAAAUUUGCCGCGGUUCGUACGUUGGCCGAAUUGGCGCAGACACGCCCUGCACUUGUGCAGACAUGCAAUGUCGAUAUGGAGAACCUCAUUACGGACGCCAAUCGCGGCGUGGCGACGUAUGCGAUUGCGACGCUGCUCAAGACAGGCAACGAGUCAAGUGUCGACCGUUUGAUCAAGCAGAUCAGUGGCUUUAUGUCGGAAAUCAGCGAUGAGUUCAAGGUGAUUGUCGUCGAUGCCAUUCGCAGUUUGUCGUUCAAAUUCCCGUCGAAGCAGGCUGCUAUGCUCAGUUUCCUGGCUGGUGUGCUGCGCGACGAGGGUGGUUACGACUUCAAGCGCUCUGUGGUUGAAGCCAUCUUCUCUAUGGCCCGCUACAUUCGUGGGUGCAAGGAAGUGGCCCUGAGCCAUCUGUGUGAAUUCAUCGAAGACUGUGAGUUUACCAAGCUCAAUGUGCGUAUUCUGCACCUGCUCGGUGCCGAAGGACCGAGUAUGCCUGAGCCGCACAAAUAUAUUCGGUUCAUUUACAACCGUGUCGUUCUGGAGAAUGCCAUUGUGCGUGCAGCGGCUGUCAACUCGCUGGCCAAGUUUGGCGCGCAAAAUGCCGAGCUUACGUCGCGUAUUCGUGUGCUACUGCAGCGCUGCUUGGAGGAUGUGGACGAUGAAGUGCGUGAUCGUGCUGCGUUGGCGCUGCGUAUGCUUGAGCCCAAUGUCCUUGCCCCGCUGCCUGUGGACGACACACCAGACUUGCAGGUGCUUGAGCAGAGUCUCAAGUCGUACGUCGAUGCGAUGGAUGCGUCUCAGCCCUUUGACUUUGAGAGUGUCCCACGCACUACCGGCACCGACGAAGAAGCCGAGGCCCAGAACGAGGCACUGCUUGUCUCCACAGCCACCACCUCUGCCUCGGCAGACACCGGCGCGGCGGCUUCCAGCGAGGUGGAUGGCGCGACGCCCUACGCAGACUACGCGGCGCAACUCGCGGCUGUGCCGGAGUUCGCUUCGUACGGUACGCUGCUGACCUCGUCGCCCUCCACACCUGUGCCGCUGACGGAGAGUGAAACGGAGUAUAUGGUGACAGCCGUAAAGCAUGUAUUUGCGGAGCACAUUGUAUUGCAAUACAACGUGACCAACACGCUGGCCGAGAUUGUGCUCGAAGAGGUAAUGGUCGUGGUGGGUGGCCUUAUUGAGGCAGGGCUCGAGGAAGAAUUUAUUGUGCCUGUCCCUACGUUGUCGGCGGCUAUGCCAAGUGGCACGGUAUACGUCUCGCUCCGCCGUGAUGCGAGCCUGCCUUUCCCGCUGGCUACCCUUAGCAACACGCUGCGUUUCAUCUCGAAGGAAGUCGAUCCCGCGAGUGGCGAGCCGGAAGAAGAAGGCUACCAGGACGAGUACCAAACAGAGGAGCUCGACUUGGGUGUCGCCGAUUAUGUGCAGCCUACGGAUAUCGACUUUGCUGCGACGUGGGAGACCUUGCCUGCGUCUGCUAGCGAGACAUUUGCCCUAACGGCGCUCGAGAGCUUGGAUGCUUCGUGCUCGACCCUCAUCGAGAUUCUCGGUAUGCGGGCUCUGGGCGGCACAGAUACACCGGCGAACCCGAGUGUGCACACUAUGAUGCUGGCCGGCCAUUUGGCCAGCCCCACGGGCCUCGACCUCGUCCUGGCGCGUGUGCGUAUGAUGUACGAGCCCUCGGAAGGCGUGACCAUGGAGCUGUCUGUGCGUGCAGCGAACGACGAAGCGUGCCUCUUUGUUCUCUCGGCCAUUGCCUAA